UGCAAUGUUGCGUGAGCACAUCCAGUCAUCAGCUCCUCAGUUAAAUGCUAUUCUUUCUCUCUCUUUCCUAACGCAAAGUCUCCACAACGGAAGUGAAUUACCGGGGACUAUUAUUGCCGAAGCACUUGCGUUUUUUUAUGCAAGAGAAGAAGGCAGGGGGAUCUCCAGGAAACAUCUCAUGGGUCAUAAUGUAUUGUCCUUUUUGUGGACAGCAGUAGCUGGAGAUUCAGAUGGAGAGUCAGGCACUGAUUCAGCAGCUCCGGUCUUAUUUUUCUGACUCACAAGAGGGCCCAGGAACAUCAGGAGGUGUGCUGGAAACUGCAUGCUAUAGGGUGGACCAGCAAUCACUUUCUGAGAUAACUGCAAACCUGGCCCUAGAGAUUGACCAUCGAGCUGUCAGCAGAUUUAACAUCUGUCGCUCGAACAUCUGGGAUGGAGCAGUCAGAGGAUUCAAAAGGGUAACAUUCUCAGAAAAGAAAGAUAUCCUGGUGAAAUUCUCUGAUGAUGAAGGGAGGUUCGAGGAAGGUCUCGAUACAGGUGGCCCCAAGAGAGAAUUCCUCUCCCUUCUCAUGAAAGAGCUGAACAUACGGCCCAUAUUUGAUGGACCUGUGGAGAGCCGCUACCUGGUCUACACUUCAACAGCUAUCAGAGAGGAUGAGUAUCAUUUAGCAGGGAAGAUGAUUGCUGUGUCCAUUGUGCAUGGUGGACCUGGUCCUAAUUUUCUGUCAGAGGAUCUGGUCAGCUACAUCUCAGGGCAGAGCAGUUUCAAGGCAUCUGUGGGAGACAUUACAGAUGACGAGAUAGAGAAAGUCCUACAAGAGAUUCAGAAUGCACCCUCAGUGGACAUCCUUCAGGACUUGAUGAUACGGAACAGUGCCAUGUUGCAGACUGCUGGGUGCUUCAGACAUGUCAGGUCAUGUGAAGAAAAAAAAAUCAUUGUAGAGGAGUACCAGAAGUGGUACAUCAUCCACAGGAACAACACUGCAAUUGAAAGAUUCAAGGCUGGACUUGAAAGUUUGCAGUUUCUGACAGCUCUGCAGCAGCAUCCGACGGUCCUGACCCCUGCUCUCUGUCAUGCUGAUGUGAAGCUGUCUGCUACAGAGAUAGAAAAUCUGUUCCAGCCUGAAAUUAGUCAACAGGGAAGCAACAGAAGGGCUCAGGAAGAGAAGGCUAUGAGUUACUGGGCAGACUAUCUUCUCGAUUGUGAAGAAAAUGACAGCUCAGUGACCUUUGAGGAGGUGUUAAUGUUCGCUACAGGGGGGCCAUGUGUGCCUCCUGCUGGUAUGAGUCCUCUGCCACGCCUUCAGUUCCUAUGUUCUACAACGUCAACAUUCCCAAUGGCAAAUUCAAAGCCAACAUGAACUUUGGCAUUAAGAAUUCCCCUGGCUUUGGGGGCCUUUAAACAAUUAAAUAACUUGUGGUUAAAGUUAAUGAUGCCACACAG